AUGUCUCCUUUAACAUAUGUCUUAUACAUCCGUGGUGCGGUAACGGUACACGCGAAGGAGCGGAUUACCAACGCUGUAACAUUUUGUCAGCAGUACUUGUGUCAUAACGGAUGUCAUAUUCCUCAGAAGGCUUCAAGUCGUUCCAUCCAUCUCUUUCGGUAUCAGUCAUCAGUUAGUAAGAACGUCUUGGGUGGUCUCGUGUAG